UAAGACGAAAACACUUCUGUCUCUCUCUUCUUCCAUACACCCGUUUCAAAAAGGAGGAGCGACCAUGACUAGUGUCGAUUCAAGCGGCGUCCCAAGUACUCCAACCAGGCUCGAGGGAAAGGGAAAGGCGACCUUGGUUUGCUGGUUUCUUGGACUUGGAUCGCUUAUGGCAUGGAAUAGUAUAAUGACAAUAGCAGAUUACUACUAUGCAUUAUUUCCCCUUUACCAUCCUUCGAGGGUACUUACCCUCAUUUAUCAGCCAUUCGCAGUUGGAACAAUGCUAAUACUUGCUUACAAUGAGGCAAAGAUUAAUACAAGGAUACGCAACAUCUUCGGAUACAUUCUAUUUUCCCUUGGUACUUUAGGACUUCUAGUUUUGGAUCUAGCCACAGGAGGUAAAGGAGGAAUCGGAAAUUAUAUAGGCAUUUGCGUUUUUGUCGCUGCUUUUGGAGUUGCAGAUGCUCAUGUUCAAGGUGGACUCGUUGGUGAUUUGUCAUUCAUGUGUCCCGAGUUCAUCCAAUCGAUGUUUGCUGGUUUGGCUGCAUCGGGGGCUCUUACUUCUGGCUUGAGGCUAGUGACAAAAGCUAUUUUUGACAAAUCCGAUCACGGACUUCGUAAAGGAGUCGUGCUAUUUGUCGCCAUCUCGACAGCUCUUGAAUUUCUAUGCAUUUUCCUAUACGCGUAUGUAUUCGGCAAACUCCCAAUCGUGAAGUACUAUCGGGCAAAGGCUGCAUCAGAAGGAUCGACAACAGUAUCAUCCGACCUUGCUGCUGCGGGCAUCCUGACUACAGAAAGCAAAAGCGCUGUUGAUGCUAAAGAUGAAAGACUGAGCAACAAACAACUGAUAUCACAGAAUGCUGAUUAUGCAUUAGAUCUCUACUUGAUAUAUGUUCUCACAUUGUCAAUUUUUCCAGGAUUCUUAUACGAAAACACUGGAUCCCACCAUCUAGGCUCUUGGUAUUCAAUUGUCCUAAUAGCAGUAUACAAUGUGUGGGAUCUUAUAUCGAGAUACAUUCCCCUUAUUGAACGCGUCAAGAUAGUAUCACGAAAGGGCCUUGUGAUUGCUUGUCUAUCGCGUUUCUUGCUUGUCCCGGCCUUCUAUUUCACUGCUAAAUAUGCUGAUCAAGGAUGGAUGAUAUUUCUCGUAUCCUUCUUGGGACUAACAAACGGCUACCUCACUGUAUGCGUACUCACGGCUGCUCCCAAAGGUUACAAAGCACCGGAGCAGAAUGCAUUGGGUAAUUUGAUGGUCGUUUUUCUCCUUGGAGGCAUUUUUUCGGGCGUUGCUCUUGAUUGGUUGUGGCUUAUUGGUAAUGGAAAGUUUUGAGGUGCUGAGAAAACUACUCUCAGUAAGCUCAAGGAAUUUACAACUAUUAGUAUAGGAGUAGGAAAAGACCUGGCACGGUAGAUCCACGCAUCCCGGCUUCGAAUCCUAGCUUCUUGGCAAUUUUUUUUCAAUUAUUUGCUAGCAGUAGAAAUUUCCAUGCAUCAACUAUAUUAUAAAUUUGUAAAUAUAUUCAGUAUU